AUGUAUACCAACAUAAAGGCACUGCAUACUUUGCUUGAAAGAAACGAGAUAGACAAAACAAGUCUCACAGCAGAAGACAUUAAAUAUUUAAAGGAUACACUGAACAUCCUGGGCUACAAUCUGAACAACUGGUAUGACAGAAAGACUCUUGUGCUAACAGCACAGGUGACAGAAGGCCCAAUUAAAGACUACGAGCUAAUUGUGCUUGAUAUACUAGUGGGCCUCUUUGAGAAGGAGCAGGGCACACACCAAGAGGAUAUGAAGAACUGCACUGUGGCUAGAAAUCUGGUGAAGUCCAAUUGGCUGGUCAUAGACACAAACGGAUACAUACAGCCAUCAAAGAGAAUUCUUUUUGAGAACACAGAAAUUCUUUCUGAAAAAACCGGCAUUGACAUCUGCAGCAUAUGCGGAAUACUUAAUAUGAAAGGGAAUAUACCGCAUAAAGAGUGCAACCCCACCGAAUACUAA